AUGGCAGAAUCGGUUGCUCCGAUGGAGGUAGAGAAAACCGGUAGUAAAUCAGUGCAAGAGCUCUCACUGAGUUCUGAAAAUCUUCCAAAUAGCUAUAUCCACGAUCAAGGCGGUGUUGGAUUUCGUCAUGCUCUUCAUCCUUCCGAAUCAAAUAUUCAUAUUCCAGUCGUUGACAUUCUCAACCUCACAUCUCCAUCUUCAUCACAGCAAGAGCUUCAAAAACUCCAUUACGCACUCUCUUCUUGGGGCUUCUUUCAGGUUAUAAACCAUGGGAUGACGAGUUUGUUUCUCGACAAAGUGCGGCAAGUUUCAAAGCAGUUUUUUGAACUUCCAAAGGAAGAGAAGCUGAAAUGUGUUAGGGAACCAAAUGGUUUGGAAGGUUAUGGAAAUGAUGUGAUAUUUUCGGAAAAGCAAAGGCUUGAUUGGACUGAUAGAGUUUAUCUCAAAGUACAUCCUGAAGAUCAGAGAAAUUUCAAUGUUUGGCCCCAAAAACCUAAUGAUUUUAGGAGUAUUGUGUUACAGUAUAGUGAAAAUUUAAGGCAGUUAAAUGAAGUAAUUUUAAAGGCAAUGGCAAAGUCACUGAACUUAGAAGAGGACUGCUUCCUAAAAGAACGUGGAGAUAGAGAUUCAAUGUUUAUAAGAUUAAAUUACUACCCUCCAUGUUCUAUACCCGAUCAUGUUCUGGGCCUGAAGCCACAUGCGGAUGGAUCAUCUAUAACUUUCGUGCUGCAAGAUAAAGAAGUUGAAGGCCUUCAAGUCCUCAAAGAUAAUCAGUGGUUUAAAGUUCCAAUCAUACCCGAUGCUCUCGUCAUUAAUGUUGGUGAUCAAAUAGAGAUAAUGAGCAAUGGAAUUUUCCAGAGUCCGGUACAUAGGGUGGUGAUAAAUGCAGAAAGGGAAAGGCUAACAGUAGCAAUGUUCUGCAUUCCAGAUUCAGAAAAAGAGAUAAAACCAGUUGAGAAACUAGUGAAUGAGUCAAGGCCAAUAUUAUACAGAGCAGUGAAAGAUUAUGUUGGUAUAUAUUUCCAGUAUUAUCAGCAGGGGAAAAGGCCAAUUGAAGCUUCCAAAAUUUAA